GGGUGGAGGUGAGGGGGGGGGGAGGGAAGGGACAGGGAGCUUAGAUACCAGAACUGGGCUGUAAGCCUGUUGGCACCAAGACCAAUGAGGACUUCACAGGCAAAAGGGGAGUCUAGUUGGACCCUGCAGUGCCCUAUUUCUAAUACACUCCAAAAUGCCUCUCCUGGCUGGGGGCUGGGAUGAGAAAACUAAUUGCCAUCUCCCCCAAGACCUAUAAGAGAACCCCCAAGGUUCUCAAAGCCCUGGAGCCAUAUCUCUGCUAAAAGUAUCCUUUCUUCUCCCUUCUACAGUUCUUUAUUACCUUCUAUUUGUCGGUAAUAAGGCUUCUAUCGCCCUCCUGCCCUUGAAGGCCAGCUGCUUUCAAUUCUUCACACUUUUCCUUUCAUUCUUCUCCAAUAUUUUCUCUAAACCAAUUCUGUACCCUAACCUCCAAGACAAUGUCCCUAUCUACCCAAUCCUUUCUUCCUCUCCCCCCCCCACUCAAACACCCCUUUUAUAUCCCAGAAGUGACAUCUUUCUAGGGCUUGAGAAUGCUUGCUAACCAAAGAAAGAAGUGUCACACUGGGUAGACCUCUGGAUAGCUCUCAUCUGCUCCCACUUACACUACUUACCACCUCUCAUUUCCUCCUCAAUUGUGAAUUGAUUUGCUCUUGUACCUAUCUUCUUUAAUUCUUUCUAAAGGAAAUGCUAGGGAAAGUCUGUGGAGGCAGGUGUCUUGAGAUGAUCUGGGUGUUUUUCUACCUCCCCUCCCCAAAAAAGAAAGCACCUGUAUGCUUUUCCCUGUCUCCAAGGCUGGCAAGGGUCCACAGAGUUGCUGGCCCAGGCAGGACUGGGGCAGCUGGGCUAGGAGGAACCCCUCCUUCCCAUUGGUCUGACACCCAGCCAAAGAGAAACUGAUCCUCUGGUGGGGGCAGGGAGCCAGAGAGCUGGGGCCCAGAAUAGUCUGCCACGGCUUUAGUCAGCACGACACUGGCCGGAUGCAGCCUGAGCAGGAACACACCCUACAUUGGACCUUGUCUUGAAACAACCAUGUGGGACAUGGUGGAACCACCAGAAGUGAGUUACUCGGGGGACAGCCCUUCAAGGCCACUGCCUUGCAUGACUACCAGCCCAGAUAAGAGAUGUGAAAAACGGGAAAUUAAGGCCUCCAGGUGGACAAGGCAAGAAGCUGUGGAAGAGGGAGACCCCCCUAUCCUGGAAGAAGGAGAUAGCCCACAGGCAGGUGUUCUGGCAAGGCCCCACUCUGGGUCUACCUCCUCAGAAGAUAUAUCCCAAAGCCAAGUUGCUACAUUCCCAGGAUCCGAUUCCAUUAGCUGGGGGCUAGAAGCCAUAGACUUGGACUCCACAGCCAUGUGUCCAGAGUUCACAUCUAUACCAACAGGGGCUACAUCCCUGGAGCCAGACACUUUAUCAGUGAGUCAGGAAAGGGAGAUUCCGGAGAGAGCGACCCGAAGUCCAUCACCACUGAUUCUCCUGCCCAAACUGGGCUGGGAUGGAGAGCUGCUCCACCCAGGAGCUCAAAUCUACAUGCACUUCAUGCAGGAGCACAGCUGCUAUGAUGCCAUGGCUACCAGCUCAAAGCUGGUCAUCUUUGAUACCAUGCUAGAGAUCAAGAAGGCUUUCUUUGCUCUUGUGGCCAAUGGGGUAAGGGCAGCCCCUUUGUGGGACAACCAGAAGCAGAGCUUUGUGGGCAUGCUGACUAUCACAGACUUCAUCCUAGUACUCCAUCGUUACUACAGAUCACCUUUGGUUCAGAUCUAUGAAAUUGAGGAACAUACAAUUCAAACCUGGAGGGAGAUUUACCUUCAAGGCUCUUUCAAGCCAUUGGUUUCCAUCUCUCCCAAUGACAGCCUGUUUGAGGCUGUUUAUUCCCUGAUCAAGAACCGGAUUCACCGCCUGCCAGUUCUAGAUCCUGCCUCUGGCAACGUGCUUCACAUCCUCACCCACAAGAGGCUGCUCAAGUUCCUGCAUAUCUUUGGUGCACUGCUUCCCAAGCCACAGUUUCUUUCCCGAUCUAUCCAAGACUUGGGCAUUGGCACAUUCCGAGACUUGGCCGUGGUGCUGGACACAGCCCCCAUCCUGUCUGCACUGGACAUUUUUGUAGACCGCCGAGUGUCUGCGCUACCUGUGGUCAAUGAGUCCGGACAGGUUGUGGGCCUCUAUUCCCGAUUUGAUGUCAUACAUUUGGCUGCCCAGAAGACCUACAACCAUCUGGACAUGAGUGUUGGUGAAGCACUGAGACAGCGGUCCCUCUGUCUGGAGGGGAUCAUUUCCUGCCAGCCUCACGAAAGCCUGGGUGAUGUCAUUGACCGAAUCGCCCGAGAGCAGGUUCACCGGCUGGUGAUGGUGGAUGAAUCACAGCACUUGUUAGGUGUCAUUUCCCUGUCUGACAUCCUCCAAGCCCUGGUGUUCAGCCCUGCUGGCAUUGAUGCACUUGGUGCCUGAGAAUCCCAGUGUCUUUGUGUCCUAUGCAGCACUCCAAAUCCCAACCCCUCCCCCAAAAAAACCUGAUGGAAGAAGGAGGGGAGCUCAGUCCUUUCACUCACUCAUUCUCAGCUAAAUCCUCUCCUGCUCAGGCUCUGCAUCUUCAUCCCCAGUUCCACUUCCCUAAUACAAACAAAGCUCUAUUCCCAUAAACCUUUGAGAAAGGCUGAUGCUUCACGGGAUGGCGGAGGUCAGAAUGAGAGAGCUCCCUGACUUUCAGGCCCUAGGACCAUUGGAGGAUAUUCUUAGUCCCCUGCAUGCCCCACAUUCUUAAUCCCCUUCUUUCCAUCUGCAACAGCUUCUAAGGUAGGGCUGACUAUGGGCUUUGAGAACCUAUAUCCUAUAGUCUUGGGACAAGAGACAGGGACCCAAAUCCUUCGGUUUCUGGGCUGGUUCUUAGUCUUUCACUUUCACACUUUCCCCAGCGUUUUCUCAUCACUUUUCCCAUCCUCCCCUUAAUUCUUCCCCUUCCACUUUGGCAUUGCAGGAGUUGGGUAUCAAUAUGGAGUCAUAGUUGUGGAGUCCCAGACCUCUCUCUGGCUGUUCACCUAACCUGGCUAGAACCAGGGAAAGAUCUAGAAUGCUGAUAACUGGGUCUGUGUCUUGCCUCAAUCAUCAAUUUGUGGUAGGACUCUGGCCCAAUCCCUGUUCCAAUUUGGUCCUGCUAUUACUUCUCAGGAACAAGAGAAGGGCCUGAACUAUUCCCAUGCCCUGGCACUCUUAGGCUAAAAGACUUGGGAAAAAGAGUUAGGGCUGUGCAAGUUCUGAAGAUUCUCCAGUCAAAGUCCAAGAAAGCCCCAAGUCUUUUUUGUGUUGGGAUCGACUUUGAUGUAGGAGUCUGUCAUGAGAACUGAAUUAUUAGACAUUGUUAUUUUUGGACUGUAUCCCUUCUCUGAGCAGCAGGAUAAAUGAAUAAAAGGAUCCUUUUAAGGCAUUGGCUUAAAUGGACAUUUGGCAGGAAGAUAGUAUGAUUUUUACAUAUGCCUUUCCUGUUCCUUCCCUGAACAUCUCUGGAGACCUAGAAAUUCAGCUUUAUGGACUUUUCUAUGGGAGUCCCAUUUACUCCUCUUGCCAAAAGCCUCCUAUUCAUUUCCAUCCUCAUUUCCUGGAACUGUGCUGAAUACUCUCUCUCUACUCCAGCUCUCUUCCUUCUCUGGGUUCUACCACCAAAUAUAAACUUAAGAGGAGAGGAUGGCUUAACCCAUGUGGAAAAGUGACUUCCUCCACAAAGUUAAAAAUAAAAAAAAUUUUUUAAAAAGA